AUGUUGGGAACUCCAAGUGUAGAGGAAUUAAGACAUAAGACUUUUGGUGUAAGACACCUACAAUGUCUGCUUCUGGCACUGGGCUUAUCUAUGGGCUAUGCUAAUCGUGUUAAUUUCUCGGUGGCCAUAGUGGCAAUGACGGACGCCCAUGAGCACAAAGAGGGUGUGGAGACUUUUCAAUGGAGCGAAAAGGAAAAAUCUUUGAUCCAAAGCAGUUUCUUUUGGGGCUAUGUAGUGACACAAAUACCUGCAGGACAAUGGUGUCGCAAAGUGGGGGCCAAAGCCAUAUUUCUAUGGGGCAACAUAAUUAGUUCAACUUUGGCCUUGUUGACACCCUAUUUGGUCACAAUGGGUGACUGGCAGAUGUUAGUGGCUGUUCGCAUAGUACAGGGCCUGGCUCAGGGUGUUAUGUUUCCCUGUACCCACAGUGUUUUGUCGCGUUGGUCUCCGCCCGGGGAAAGAGCCACCCUAUGCGGCUUGGCUUAUGCCGGCACUUAUCUGGGAGCCAUACUAAUAUUUGGCAGCAGCGGCUGGAUCAUAACCUAUCUACAUGGCUGGCCUUCAGUGUAUUAUGUGUCGGGUUUUAUGGGUUUUGUAUGGUGUUUCAUAUGGUAUGUCUGGGGUUCGAACAGUCCACAUUCCUAUAAACGCAUUUCUCCCGCAGAAAAAUCUAUGAUAUUGAAAUCAAUGGAAACACCGGAGGAUAGAAAUGUGGAAAGUUCCUUUAAAACACCUUGGCGCAGCAUUGUAUGCUCUAUGCCUUUUUGGGCUUUGCUGGUGGAUCAUUGUGCCCACAACUGGGGCUUUUGGACUCUGCUGUCCCAGCUGCCUUCGUACAUGAAGUACAUACUCAACAUGGAUAUACAGAGUAAUGGCCUGUUCUCAGCCUUGCCCUAUUUGAUAAUGUUCCUGUUGACCUUUAUCUUUGGCUAUCUGGCUGAUGUGUUCCAUAAACGUCAAUGGAUGUCCACAAAUUUAAGUCGUAAACUUUUUAAUACCGUCGGUCAAUGGCUACCCAUGAUCUCUUUGGUGGCUUUGGGAUUUUGCGACUCCUCGCAUUUGGUGUGGGCCUUAGCGUUCAUUGUGAUCUCAGUGGGCUUUAAUUCAUCCUCAUUUCUGGGCUUUAAUGUCAAUCAUUUGGAUAUAUCGCCCAACUAUGCUGGCGUUCUGAUGGGCAUAACAAAUUCUGCGGCAAAUGUCAUCACCAUUUUGGCUCUACUCACUGUGGGUUUUGUCGUAACCGAUGUGACCGAUCCCUUGCAAUGGCGCAUACUGUUUUGUGUCGCCGCUGGUUUCUAUUUUGUGGGAAAUUUAUGCUUUUUAUUAUUUGGCCAAACGAGUGUUCAGAAAUGGAAUGAAAGCUCACCUAAGCCAGCUGAAAUGCAGUUGAUAGAAUGGCUUACAAUUGGUCGAGAGUUGAUGGUUAGUAGCAGCAGUACCAGUAGUAAUUCAUACGGCCAACUGUGA